UUUUUUUUUUUUUAAUAAUGUCACCUUUUCUAUCUAAAAAGCAAACAUCAAACGCUAUGGAUUAUCUUAACAAGUUGACAAAAAAUAGUGAAAAGUUUCAACAAUAUACAAUGUCAAAAUUUAGAUAUAUUGUUGCACUAGAAGAAAGUAGACAGGAGCUAAAAGAAUAUACAUGCGAAAAAGCGAUUGAAAACGAGCAACUGAAUCGAUAUUAUAAUAUUCUUCCUUAUGAUAAAAAUUGUGUAGAACUUAAAGAUAGGAGAUUAGGAAAAAAUGAUUACAUCAACGCUAGUUUCAUCGUACCGCCAUUCAAUAUUCCACGCUAUUAUAUUGCAGCACAGGGACCGCUGAGACACACGAUUGUUGAUUUUUGGCAUACGAUUGUUGAAUAUGAAGUACCCCUCAUUGUCUGUCUCACUCCAGAGACCGAAAAGGAGUUGGAGAAGUGUGCAAGGUAUUGGCCAGACGGAGAAAAAGAAUUAAUUGUGAAAGAGGAGGAAGUGAUGGUUAAAUUGAAAAACGUGGAAAAGGAAAGACUUUUUGAGGAUGCGGAUUGUAUUAUUAGACAUAUCUCUGUGGAGUUUUAUAAUCAAAAUGAACUGGUGAAACAGACUAGCGUGAUUCAACUUCAAUUCUUGGGUUGGCCAGAUCAUGGUGUACCUAGUAAACCUCACAAGUUGAUCUCGCUGAUUAAAUUGGCUAGAACAUAUUAUAAAGAUCGUAAGCCUACUCUGGUUCAUUGUAGUGCUGGAUGUGGCCGAACAGGGACAUUUUGUGUCAUUGAUUCAGCAGAGGUCCUCUCAAAGACUAGCAAUAUUACUUUUGAUCCAGUCUAUUGUCUAACAGAUGAAUUUCGUAAACAGAGAACAACCAUGGUUCAAACACAAUCUCAAUACAACUUUUGUUAUACGGCCUUGAAAGAGUUCUUGAAAGAUACAACAAGCACAAAUAAAAAAUAGUUUGCUUUUUGACACAUUUUUUAAUUGUUUCUCUUUCCUUCUCCCUCACCUCCUUAUUUACUAUAUUUAAACAUUUUCAUUUUAGUGGAGCAUGCUUAAUAUAUAUUUAUACACA